UUCUUUUUUACUUUUCACGUUCUUUAACCCUACAGAAAUAGGAUGUAUUGUUGUUUACUUAUUCUUUUGUUGGUUUCUCAGUUUUUAGGUUGAUGAUUUGUGGUGGUGGAUGGGCUUUGUGUUGAAGCUUUUGACGCUGAAAGAGAGAAGGGGGGGAAGGGAAAAGGUUUCAUCUUGAAGCUUAAUCAGUGUAUCAGCUUCUUGAUAUGAAAAUGGAUGCAGAUGGGUUCUUAGUAUUUACUUAAGGAGACUCUUAGCGGUUGUUAGAGCUAUGACGGGAAUAAAAGAGACGGAGAAAAUUGUAAUAGUGAAACCAGUUGCUUGUAGACCUGGCUUUUCAAAUUUGAAAUCCUUCUCAGAGCUUCUUGCUGAUGCAGUUAAUGCUUCUCCCCCUGCUGCUUUUUCUGAAACUGCAGUGGCCGUCAUAAAACCAAGGACAGUGCGGUUUAAGCCCGUCUGCAGGAGAGACUUAGUUGGGGCUGAGGUAUUCGGUUCUGCAGCUUGCAAUAAAUCAGAAAAGGUCCCAGAAUCUAAACUCACAUCCACUGUGGUAUACAAACCAAUAGCUAAGCUCGUCUCAAAGAGAACUGUUUCUCUCUUGGCAAAUUUGGGGGGUCAAGGUAUUAGUUCUUCAACAGAAAAUGCCGAGGCUGGCGCCCCUAUUCAAUCACCAAACCAAGUCAAGCGCCAAACUGACCCCACAUCAGAUCUCUAUCAAACUUUUGCUCUGCAUUCGGAACAAAACGCAAAUGCUAUACGAGAAAAUUCUGAAGAUGGCAACAAAUCCAUGUCACUUCCAGUCCCAAAUAAUGGGGAUCGGCCUUCUUAUGAUGGGCACAGUUGGAGGAAAUAUGGACAGAAACAGGUUAAAGGAAGCGAGUAUCCUCGAAGUUACUACAAGUGUACACACCCAAAUUGUCCAGUGAAAAAGAAGGUAGAAAAAAAGCUAGACGGUCAGAUUGCAGAGAUAGUCUACAAGGGUGAGCAUAACCACCCAAAGCCUCAGCCUCUUAAUCACAACCCGCUGGAUGGAGAUGCGCAAGAACCUGCAAAUACUGCCACUCAAAAUGAACAGGCAGAAAGAAUUAAAGGUCAAUUAAAGAGCGAGAAUGAUAUUGAAUCAUCUGCCCAGUCAACUUUUUCUGGUGCUGCUCCACCAAUCAAUGACCUUGUUACAGCUGCAACCUGCAAUGCCAGUUUCUCGACUUCCAAUAAUUCUCUAGGACUGAGCGGGGAAUGUCAAGAAGUAAGUGAACCUUUGGAGGCAGAAGAAGGUCAUGAUUUCGGAAGAAAAAGAACAAAACGUGGGAACCAAUUGAGCAAAGCAAGCAAGGUGGGGGAACCCUCAUCUGAGCCUCAAAUUGUUGUCCAGAACAAUACUGAUUCGGAUAUAGUAGGGGAUGGAUUUCGCUGGAGGAAGUAUGGCCAGAAAGUUGUGAAGGGUAAUCCAUACCCAAGGAGUUACUACAGAUGCACCAGUCCCAAGUGCAAUGUGAGGAAGUACGUUGAGAGAACAUCAGAAGAUCCAGGCACUUUCAUAACAACAUACGAAGGCAGACACAACCACAGCAUGCCAAUCAAACAUACAAAUGCAGAGGCCUCCAAGGCAAGUACUAAGAACAAACCAUGAAUCCCUGGAAACAGAUGACAACCAGAUUAUGAUGCUCAUCAAAUUCUGCACAACUCCUUCUGAGAGUACUAGAAGCUUUAACUAAGAAGCAUUACGUAUAUUCAUCCUGAUGUAUAAUUCUGGGAUCAGUUUUUGUCCAAACGCUGAACAAUGCAUCACUCAAGCUAAUUCAACCUAAUGCUUGUAGACUCUGUGAUCAUAAACUGGGAUCGUUCUUUUGCCUCUUGUUUGAUAUCACAUUUCAACAUACAGGGGAACUAUACUAUACUCUUUCGAUCCGUCUAAUUCAAUAAAACUCAAGCUUCACGCGCCAA